ACCGUUGAUAAGACCGACGCGAGGCCGCUCUAUAGCCCCUAUUGUCAGUAGGCAGCGUUUAUCACGCUUAAUAUUUACACAAUGAUUAGGGUUUUUGAAAGGCGGAGUUUUCCCACAGUACUGCAGGUCCGCUGUGUAAUUAUCGUGGCACGUGCCCCUAUUUUGAUUUCAGACGAUAAACAAAUUGAUUGACAUUCCGACACAGCCAUAUUGAAUACAACGGGACAUUUUGACCAAUGGAACGCGUUGUACUGUUUAAGCCACGGCCAUACAGAGAAAUGUGCGCCCGUUGAUUGGCUGUUCGUAAAGGAAUCUAACCGUGGGAAAGAGAUACGAAAUGGCUUCACACCGGCGACUGUACACAUGUCACGAGGUAUAAAUGUUAUAAACACACAGCAGGUUAGCUACUUGUUGAAUACUGUCACCAAACCGAUCGGAUGUGCAAUACAUUUCGUGAACAUAGGAAUACACAUACAGACAUGGAGGAUUAUGAACAAGAAAAUAGAAACUUUCCUGAGGAUAAAAUUCUCUCUCGAAAGAGCAAGAAACCGCUGAUGGAAAAGCGCAGAAGAGCACGUAUCAACAAUUGCCUCGUUCAGCUUAAGAGCCUUGUCCUGCAAGCCAUGAAAAAAGAUACGACUCACUAUUCCAAACUGGAGAAGGCGGAUAUCCUGGAGAUGACGGUCAAGUACCUACGCAGCCUACAGAGGAGACAAAUGACCUCUGCUGUCGCUGCUGACCCCACAGUCGCCGUAAAAUACUCAAUGGGAUUCACAGAGUGUGCCUCCGAGGUGGCCAGAUAUCUUGGUAAUGCUCAGGGAAUUAACGACGAAGUCCGAGGAAGGUUACUGGGCCAUCUGUCCAAUUGUGUUCAGACAGGAAAUUCCUCUCAACAAGCCAUGAACGGACAGACGUAUGUGCAACCUUUGCACGUUCAAAUUCCGCGAGUACAGGGCAAUCAGCUGACCCGUGUUCAUUCCGACGGACUUCUCAUUCAGCCACCAGCAGGCUUUUUAACAAACUCUGCUUCAUCAUCCGGUGCACAAGUGUCUGGGUCAUUCCAUAUAGUACCCGAUAAUCGAUACAGUGAACAUGUACCUGCUUUCCUUAGACAAUCUCAAAGUAUGAUGGACUCCAUUCCCACACGAAAAUCUCCUCUCCACAAAUCAUCUCCCUUUUCCCCACCACCCUGUGAUAUGUCACGUGACUUUUUCCAGUCCCCCAAGACUGGACUGGUACCCAGCCUACCCUUUGGUUCGGCAUCCAUGACACUGAAAGAGGAGCGUUUAUGGCGACCGUGGUGACUUUUUAAAUGAAAUUGUAGAGGACAACGAAUCUCAGGAAACGCGUGCUUUGUUAGACUGUUUGAAGUGCCUGGUUGUUUUAACUACUGAUCUAAAUAUUUAUACACUGACACCAAAGCGCUAUGUCAAGAGUUUUUUUUUUUACCAUGUUGAAUUGGUGCUGAAAUUAAAUGUUAUAACAUACAA